GUGAAGGUAACAAUCAGCAUAGGAACAGCAACCAAGUAUUCCUUCAACACAAAGGAGAAUUUCUUUUUAUCAUAAUCUUUAUACAGCUUCUGUUUUAAACCAUGAACUGGAGUAACAUCACCACCACCAAUGGGACAUCAUCUUUCUCUGAACAAUGCCACAGAGACACCAGAAUUGCACAUGUAGUAUUCCCAAUCCUAUACACUGUCAUUUUCCUCACUGGAGUUAUAUUGAACAGUUUGGCUAUUCGAGCUUUUUUCCAAAUUCGAAGCACCUCAACUUUCAUCGUCUACCUCAAAAACACAUUGGUUUCUGAUUUCAUAAUGACUCUUAUGCUUCCUCUGAAAAUUCUUACUGAUUCAGGACUGGGUCCAUGGCAACUGAAAGCUUUUGUUUGUCGCUUUUCAGCUGUGAUAUUUUAUGAAACCAUGUAUGUUAGCAUAGUACUACUUGGACUUACUGCUUUUGACAGAUUUCUCAAGAUUGUGCGACCUUUCGGGAAGUUUUGGGUGCAAAAUGUCACUGCUGCACAAAUUCUUUCAGGUCUUGUUUGGCUUUUCUUCUUCGUCCUCUCCUUGCCAAAUAUGGUUUUAUCAAACAACAAAGCAACACCUCUUUCUGUGAAGAAAUGUGCUUCUCUGAAGAAUCCCUUAGGACUGAAAUGGCAUGCAGCUGUCAACUACAUAUGUCAGUUCAUCUUCUGGACUGUGCUAAUUCUAAUGCUUCUAUUUUAUGCAAUUAUUACCAAAAAGGUAUAUAAUUCUUAUAUAAAAACUCAAAAGAAAGAUAGCAAAAGCAAACAGAGGAUUAAUGGGAAAGUAUUCAUCAUUGUAGCUGUCUUUUUCAUAUGUUUUGCCCCAUUCCAUUUUUGCAGAGUACCAUACACACUAAGUCAAACUGGCAAUACAAGUGACUGCAAUGUACAGAACCUAUUAUACAUUGCUAAAGAAAGUACUCUUUGGAUAGCUACUACAAAUAUUUGCAUGGAUCCUUUGAUAUACAUAAUCUUGUGCAGAUCGUUUGUAGAAAAAGCAUUCUGUAUUAAAAUGAAAAAAAUUAGAAGUACAAUGCGGGAAAAUCCAACAGUCCCUUUGGACACCAGAAUAACUGUAUAGAUUCCUAAUUUGGUGUAACUUUAUAGCUUUCUGUAAUUUGCACAAAAAUAUUUGCAGGGAAGUUGAAGGAUACUUUGUGUCAAGAUGUUUUAUUCUAGAACUGAAACUUUAAGGGUUGUUCUCUGAAAUGUGACUUUGUAAAAAUGGCAUAAUGUAAUUUUAUACUAUCAAAAGUACUCUGCUUAACAAAUAAAAUGCUGUUUCUCUAACUGCCAGACCCAAAAGCUCAGCUUGCAGUCCAAGAACUAAGCUGGGUUCUUUCCAUCUGGUGCAUCAUUAUCAUGACUAACAAAAAGUUCGGCCAGCCAAACAUUCCUCAAUGACACCUGUGCAGCCACAAUGUCUUCAUGUUGUACCCCAAGUGAUAACCAUUCAACUUCACUUCCUUCAGUGGGGUUGCACAGGUGGGUUAGGACAUAGUGAAAAAUCACAUUGAUGGUAACGCUUUAGGUGGAACAGAAUCUGGUUCACACUCUCACACUGCUGUGUUGGCUCCACAGGGCUAACAGGAGUAGAAAGCACUAAAAGCUUUUUGGUCACUAAAACAAGUAGAUAAGGACAAUAUACACAGUAACUGGAAAUGGUGACUAUGAAGAUGGACUAAAAAUACUUUACCUAACUUGGAUAACAAGAGGCACAUGGCAGAGCAUACAAAUAUUUAAAUUCAAUCUACUGCAUAUGAGAAACUAGGUAUACUUUAGUACAAAGUUUACUGCCAUCUAAAAUAAACAGCAGA